CCGCAAGGCUGGCGAAAGCGCCCUCAUUAACCCUCAUUGCUUGCGUAAUAAGUGUGCGUCGGCGGGCCGCGCGUCCGGCGCAUGUGCGGAGGGGCGGCACCCAACUGAUUCUCGGAGGCGACAGUUGACUUGUCCUUAUGUGAAUGGGAGCCAGAAAACCUUGCGAAGUUCGGACCAAGCAGUAGCUUCUUCCUCGACGUGGACAUGGCACAAGAGAAAAUGGACCUAGACUUGGAGCUGCUGCCGAGUUCAGCCACCACAGACGACUCGCUGAAACGAUCCAACAGCGCCCCUUUGAUCAGUGGGCUUGGUGAUAAUUCACAGGUAUUCCAAGCUGACACGUUAACAACUAGAAGAAAUAGCACAACGCUUAUGACCCAACAAUGUCUGGUCAAUGUGAAGCCACUGAAGAAUUCUAAGUCUGGGACUGACAUGACCAGAUUUGCAUCUUUGAAAGACUACCCUGGCUGCAAAGCGUUUUUGCCACCUUCUUCCGUUCCCAUUCCUAUUCAUGCUUCCUUUGGUCGCCUUCACCAAAUCAAACAGGAAGAAGGCAUGGAUUUAGUAAAUAGAGAAGCAAUGCAUGAAUGGGAGGUACAAACUGCAAAACAGUUAAGUCAGUCUUGGGAAGAAAGCUUGAAACUGAGUGCCAGUGAUUUAGAGAAACCAUCUUCAAAGUGCAUUGGUUUAAUUCCAGUACCCCCAGCACCUUCUCCCACCAGGGGGAUUGGGAAGCAAUAUUUUUCUCCAUCGUUACAAACUUAUGUGAAUUACACCGCUCUGUCUCCAAGUCCUAGUCCCAGUCCUACGCAACAAUUUCCAAUAAGAAGAAAUCAAAGCCCCACCAACACUAUUAGACCAAGUAUCUUUGGAUCAUUAAAAAGAAAAGGUGAAAUGAUAGCUAAAGAUCCGCCUAAGAGAUUUUUCGAAGGCACGACCAACAUGCUUUCUCCCGAUACUACCCAACAGUCUGAUGUGAAUGUUUGACAAAGCGGAGUACACAGAGAUCUUUUGAAUUCUGUUGUCAGUGAAUGGUAUUUUCUUCCCCUGGUCUAUCUUCAAAUACUCUUGGUGGAACCAGUAGCAGCUCAGGAUCUUCUUAUAACUCACCAGUUAGCAUCAGCACCGUCACAAACUCCCGUGUCGUCUUCUGAUUCUCGUUCUCCAUUUAUUGUAGUAGACGAACUUUCCGCUAAGUGAUUCACCCAUCCCAAGACUUUCUCACCAAUGGAGAAACACACAUUUGCUUCUCUCUCUCUCUCUCUCUCUCUCUCUCUCUCUCUCUCUCUCUCUCACACACACACACACACACACACACACACACACACACACACGUUAGAGCAAUAACAGAAUUGUGUGUUUUAGGAGUGCCUGGGUGGCUCAGUCGGUUAAGCGUCUGACUUUGGCUCGGGUAGUGAUCUCAUAUUUUGUGAGUUCAAGCCCCGCAUUGGGCUCUGUGCUGGCAGUGCAGAGCCUGCUUGGGAUUCUGCGUGUCUUCCUCUCUCUUUGCCCCUCCCCUGCUCGUGUGCUCACUCUUUCUCUCUCAAAAUAAAUAAAUAAACUUAAAAAAAUAAUUGCAAGAUAUAACUUAGGCUAUUUCCUAUUACCUUAUUUUCUCAAUUUCCUAAAAUUCUCUUUAUCUACAGAACUUGCAUGUCUAAUUCCUGUGUUUGCCCUUAAAAGCAAUGUAGUGAUAUUUUCAAAGAUGUUUUCCAAAUAAGAACUAUAUUGAAGAUACAAUCAUACAUUUUCAAGCUGCUAAUGUGUAGAAACAUGCUGCACCUUGAGUUUUUAAAAACAUAAUUCAGAACUCUAUUUAUUUAUCUGAAUAAAUAAAAUUUUAAGUUCUGAUGAAAUAGAAUUGUUCCGUUAAUCAACAAGUAAAAUAAUUUUUUAAAUUCUGUACUGAAUACCUGUGCUAGUUCUUAAUGAUAUUUUCAAUAAUUAGAAAAAUCACCUGUCUUAAAGCAGUUUUUAACUUUUUAAAAAAUGUUUAUUUAUUUAGAGAGAGCACACAUGUGUUGGGGAGGGCCAGCAUGUAACACUAUUUGGGGCUCCAUGCGGGUCAUGAUCAUGACCUGAGCUGAAAUCAAGUCAGAUGCUUAACCGACUGAGCCAUCCAGGUACCCCUAAAAAGCUUAUUUUUAAUUUUUUUUAAAUGUUUAUUUAUUUUUGACAGAGAGAGAGAGAGAGAGAGAGAGCGAGCAUGAGCGGGGGAGGGGCAGAGAGAGAGGGAGACACAGAAUCCACAGCAGGCUCCAGGCUCUGAGCUGGCAGCACAGAGACUGACACUGGGCUCAAACUCACAGACCGCGAGAUCAUGUCCUGAGCCGAAGUUGGACGCUCAAUCGACUGAGCCACCCAGGUGCCCCCCAAAAAAACUUAUUUUUAAAACUAAGCUAGUUAUACAUGCUGAUGCAAGGAUUGCCUAUUUUGCACAUGAAUCCUUGGAUGUUUAAUUUGUUUGGAAGGAAUAGGUAGGGGAAACAAGAUGAAAAAAAUUUAAUUGAAUAGCAAGAAAAUAAUAUGUAAUUGGGACUUCACUCAAUUUGUACUUAACCUGAUUAUCCCUGAUCAAUUUUGUAUUCUAAUUAAGUGUGGAAAAAAGACAAUGUUGAUAAAUGGUGGUCUUUUACAUUUCUAUGAAUUACUUUUUAUUCAUGAUCAUGAUUAUGAAUUUGAUUAAAUAAGGCUUAAUAUGUUAGGGUUUUUCUGCAAGAAUCAUAUGCCUCCAGUUGUUCCCUAAGGGCUAUAAAUGUUUGUUUAAACCCCAAUUUUGUAUUUAAAAGUCUUAAGGGUUUUCUGAAUAAGAAAAAGUAUGUGUUAAAAAUGUAAAAUCUAAAGUAAGUGCUUUAAGUAAUUAAGGAUAGCACUAGCAUUUUGAAAAAUAUAAAUGUAUCCUCAUGAAAUGAAGUUGAGAAUUAGUUUAAAUUUCCUCAGCUAACAAAAUAGGAAUGGUUAUCUAAAAUAUUUAUAAAAAGUUUUUCCUUGUCAUUAGAAGUCAUCAGAAUGAUGAAAAUCUGAUAUAGGUAUGCCCCACAUAGGAAAAAGACUGUUACACCAAGAAUUGUUUGACAGUGGCCCCAGUGGAAUUAAUGGUUACAUAUGUGGGGGAAGAUUCUGUCAACCUAUGAGUAAAUGAAUACUUAUGAGAUGACUGAGUUCAUGAUGGUCUCUGGAAACUGAGACACGAUUCUACAAAUUGGCCAAGGACAAGUGAACUAUCAAUAUCGCCCUCAUUACUCAGCUUCUAUACUUACCUGACCCUCGGUGGACCAAUUGUGAACAGAUACAGGGGCCCUCAUGAGAUGAGGUGUGAUGGCAGUGAUGUUCCUUGCUGAAUUUGUAGAUCAUUGACAGACAAUAGUGUCCUCCUGUAUGGUUGACACUUUAGCCAAAAAAAAAAAAAAAAAAAAGUCUUUCAAAAUACAGAACCUUUGGAGUACAAAAACCAAGGAUGGAGAAAGUGAACAAUGGGGGCGGGAC